AUGCCGUAUUCAGGCACAGGGCUGUUAAGCCCAGUGGAUACUGCGGAGGGGAGAAGAGAUACAUUUGAGCCAGUGCGCGUGCAAGUCGGGGUUGUAUCGGAGCAAGCAGUGAAGCGGCUGGAUAGCAACAUGUCUAUUGUCAUGGGAUUCAAGACAUGCGGUUGCAGGCCAGACAUGAGGAGUGCGCCUGCCGUUUCCCCCAUCGUCUCAAUUUGA